AUGAACCGCUUCUGGAACCGGCAGCGCGGGGAGCCGGAGGCCCGAGCCGCGAAGUGGGUGCCCACGCUGGGCGGGCUGCAGAAGGCGCUCAGGAAGGGCGAGUACCUGCCCCUGCGGCCGCUGCCCAUGUUCGAGAGCGACUUCGUGCAGGUGACCAACCGGGGGAGCCCCGUCUUCGUGCACCACCGGCCCAACAGGGUCACCAUCGGCGUGGCCGCCUCCCUGCCCGGCCUCCUGCUGCCCGACCUGCUGCUCAUGGGCCAGCCCGGGGACGAGGACGCCGCCAGCAUGGUGCUCACCAGGAUCAUCCCGCUGGACCUGGUCCACCUGUACGUGCACGAGCUGGCCGCCUGGCGCCUCAAGCUGCGCCUGGUCACCGGCCGCUACUACUACCUGGAGCUGGACGCGCCCCACCAGGAGGGCGGCUUCCUCUUCAACCGCUGGAUCCGCCUCAUCAACCUGCUGCAGGACUCGGUCAGCGAGUGGGCCCCGCACGUGGACCUCAACGCCGCCGUCGCGCCGCCCUCCACCUGGCGCCUGCAGCCCCUGACCGCUCUUUCCUGCGCAGGACCCGAAGGAGCCCUGCAAAAGUUUCGCGCCCUCUCUCCUGCCACAGUGCUCUCGGAGCCCAGCUUCCCGUUCUCGGUGCUGGCUUCCCGCAAAACGAAGAAAGCCAAGAAGCUGGGCCGCAGGUUCAAGUCCCAGGCCGCGGGCAGCUCCUUGCCCCUCGUCUGGUCCCAGCAGCUGGAGAAGUCCCAGACCUCGGAGAAGAAAGGCGAAAAGGAGGCGUCUCCCGGGGAGCUCGGCCCGACCACGUCUCAGGACAAAGAGCAAGUGGCAGGCAAACACAGCGUCACCAUCAAGACCAUCUUCAGCAUCAUCUCCGAAACCGUGAACAACCCGUCCUCCACCCAGGCAGCUAGACGACCCAGGGGCUGGGGGCUCCCGAUUCUCCUGCCCAGCAGCCUCUCUUCUGCCCUCCUGCAGGUGGACUCCGAUUACAACGCCACCCCCCUGGGCGGGCUAGUGGAGACCGUGAGGCGCUGCAUCCCAAUCCCCCCUUCCAACCCGUCCCUGCUGGGCUCCUUUGACCACCUGAACCGGCGCUUGUGGGAGCAGGACGUGGAACAGCUCAUGGACCCCGAAUCCAGCAGCGUGUCCUCUUCCUCCGUGAGCUCAGACACCCUCUACCCCAGCUUCCAGAAGGUCCAGGCCUUGCUGGCCCUUCACAAGUACAGGGGCAAGACUUCGGGCUCCCUGAAGAAGCAGGGGGCCGUCCCCCAGAAGAGGGCCCCAUCCACCCGCAGCGGGGCCCGCAAGGCGCCCAUGCUCCUGGGUCCGACCCAGAAGGCCUUGCCCACACCUGCUGCGUCCAGAAAGGGCGCGAAAGCCCCCGAGCCUCGUGAGGUGGGUUCUCUCCACAAGGUGAAAAUAGCCUCUUCCCAGGGCUCUGCACCAAGGCUCAAGGGCCGGAGCCAGGCCGCCAAGCCCGCGACCACCUCGGCCAUCAGGGCCCCGGGGAGAGGGCAGGGCCUGAGCAUCGGCAGUGGCAAGGAGCAUCGGGAGCCAAAAAGGCCUUUGGAGGCCAAAGGCAACAGGGCGCCCUCGGACCACAGACCCCAACCCAGGACCGUGGGCUUGAGGGGGAUGCCUCUGCCUCCGGGGGCCCCCAAGGGUGAAGAGAAACCUGGAGAAGACAGUGCAUUCAGCACCUGGAAAACAGUCUACGUGGAGAGAACCGGCUUCCAGUCAACGGCACAGCAACGAAAGUUGAGUGAGGGCCGGAUGCAGAGGCCCGCGGGCUCCCUGGAGCAGAAGCAUCCCAUCUCUGUGGAGGGGCUGACUGUGGCCGAGCUCCUCAUCAUAGCAGCGAGGCGACCAAAGGCCACUCCUGAUGACAAGGACCCGGCCCCGUCCCGGCUGCCAGGCCCCCACCAGCACUCUGUGUCCACAGGGACACAGGUGGACCAGGUGGGCCCUGAGCAGAAGGAUGGGGGCCCUGGGAUGGCCCAGAAGAUAUCGCGGAUGUCCUCGAAGGUCCAGGAGCCCAUCAAGGGGUCCAGGGUGGAGGAGAAGGAAGUGCCCCGCCAGCAGAGAGAGGCCAGCCACCUUCCCGCCCACACCGACAGGCCUCCCGUGUCCCAGGUGCCCAUCCCUCUGCCCCAGUCCACGUGGGAGGAGGUGUCCCCCACGCCCCACUCUCAGACCCCCAUCACUGCGUUGGAGAAGAGGGUGACCCAAUUCAAGAGAGGCCUCCCGAAGUCCGAGUUAGAUACCCCACGGUCCAUGGUGGCCACGAUGGGCUCUACCUCCGAGAACCGCUUGAAGUCGCUCCGGGAGGUGGAGAGCAAGAACCUGCCGGUCACCCCGGAGCUGGAGGAGAAGCGAGUGGCCACCGCGGGGAAUUUCGAAAACUUCAGGCCUUUGAGUCUCAGGACCCUAUUCCGCCUGUUGGGUUGGGUGCCUGUGUGCGCGUGCACCCGCGUGGGGUCCUGGAGGCCAGUCGGGGCGGGGGCUCGUUCUGAUGCUGCUCUGGGCAGCGACCACGCACUCCCCCGACUCAGGACCUCCGGGCCGAGCCACGAGCGCAGCCCCCCAGCCCCGGGGACGCCCCGAUCGCCCAGGUGA